GCAGUCGACAGUUUCACUUUUAUAUCUCACUUUUUUCCAGCACCCCGAAAGCUGUACGCAUCGAAGCGAAAGUCACAGCAAUAUUCCUGGCUAGAACGAGUCUCCCUUGAAGCCAGAAUGUCGGCCGUGUAUUGGAAUGUGAUCUGCGAUGGCUGCAAUCGCAUCAACCUGCCCAAAUAUCGCUUCAAGUGUUUGCGCUGCGUGUCGUACGAUCUGUGCGAGGAGUGCCAUGAGAAGAAGAUUAUCACCGGGGCAGAGCAUCGGGCUAGUCAUCCGUUUCAGUGCCUGAUGGAUAUACCCACCAAGGAGCUGAUGUUUGCCGGUGAGCCCAUACCAACGCUGGAUGCGGACAGCUUCACAUGUCCCGUGUGCGGCGAACAUGGCCACUCGGCCAGCGAAUUGGUGGAUCAUUCAGUGAUCCACCACAAGGACGACAACACCAGAGUCAAUUGUCCGCUGUGCGUGGCCGUGCAUGGUGCUGAUCCCCAGCUGGUGGACAACAUUGGGGCACACUUUUGUGACGUACAUGGACCAAGACGGGCCCGUCAAUGAUGAGGGCUAGCUGGGAGAGAUCUACACAAAAAUCAACACAAAUGUUUACACAAUUCACAUAAUUAUGUACCAAG